AUGAGGACGAAGACUAAGUUAGUACUCAUACCUGAUAGACACUUUCGGAGAGCCACAUUCAGGAAGAGGAAUGCAGGGAUAAGGAAGAAACUCCACGAGCUGACAACUCUCUGUGACAUCAAAGCAUGUGCGGUAAUCUACAGUCCGUUCGAGAAUCCAACGGUGUGGCCGUCAACCGAAGGUGUUCAAGAGGUGAUUUCGGAGUUCAUGGAGAAGCCGGCGACAGAACGGUCCAAGACGAUGAUGAGUCAUGAGACUUUCUUGCGGGACCAAAUCACCAAAGAACAAAACAAACUAGAGAGUCUACGUCGUGAAAACCGAGAAACUCAGCUUAAGCAUUUUAUGUUUGAUUGCGUUGGAGGCAAGAUGAGUGAGCAACAGUAUGGUGCAAGGGACCUUCAAGAUUUAAGUCUUUUUACUGAUCAAUAUCUUAAUCAGCUUAAUGCCAGGAAGAAGUUCCUUACAGAAUAUGGUGAGUCUUCUUCUUCUGUUCCUCCUCUGUUUGAUGUUGCGGGUGCCAAUCCUCCUGUUGUUGCAGAUCAAGCUGCGGUAACUGUUCCUCCUUUGUUUGCUGUUGCGGGUGCCAAUCUUCCUGUUGUUGCUGAUCAAGCUGCGGUAACUGUUCCUCCUCUGUUUGCUGUUGCGGGUGCCAAUCUUCCUGUUGUUGCAGAUCAAGCUGCGGUUAAUGUUCCUACUGGAUUUCAUAACAUGAAUGUGAACCAGAAUCAGUAUGAGCCGGUUCAGCCCUAUGUCCCUACUGGUUUUAGUGAUCAUAUUCAAUAUCAGAAUAUGAACUUCAAUCAAAACCAACAAGAGCCGGUUCAUUACCAGGCUCUUGCUGUUGCGGGUGCCGGUCUUCCUAUGACUCAGAAUCAGUAUGAGCCCGUUCACUACCAGAGUCUUGCUGUCGCGGGUGGCGGUCUUCCUAUGAGUCAGUUGCAGUAUGAGCCGGUUCAGCCUUAUAUCCCUACUGUUUUUAGUGAUAAUGUUCAAUAUCAGCAUAUGAAUUUGUAUCAAAAUCAACAAGAGCCGGUUCACUACCAAGCUCUUGGUGUUGCAGGUGCCGGUCUUCCUAUGAAUCAGAAUCAGUAUGAGCCGGUUCAGCCCUAUGUCCCUACUGGUUUUAGUGAUCAUUUUCAGUUUGAGAAUAUGAAUUUGAAUCAAAAUCAACAGGAGCCGGUUCAAUACCAAGCUCCUGUUGAUUUUAAUCAUCAGAUUCAACAAGGAAACUAUGAUAUGAAUUUGAACCAGAAUAUGAAGCAUGCACACAUCCCUUUCAUGGACGGAAACUACUACAACUACCACCAGCCACCAACCGUUGGUCUUACUUCCACCGGUCACAUGCCUUCCACCACCACCACCACCACCAACAACAACAACAACAACAAUGUGUGA